ACUUCUCUCUCUCUCCUCUCUCUUUCUCUCUCUAAGUUUCAGCAACGAAACGCCGAUCAUCAUCAUCUAUUUCUCUCUGUGAGUUUCUUUUCUUCUUCUUUCCUUCUCUUCAGAUUGAAUCUUCUUCCAUCAAUUUCAUUGUUGUUGUUGUUGUUGAUUAUUGUUAUUGUUUUUUUUUUUCAUUUCUUGAAUUACUUAAUUGUGUUUCUUGGUAUUCGCCAUUGAUAUACAUGGGUUGUACUGUGAGAGAGAAGCAUGUUCGUGCGAACCGGAGGUCAAGAUCUGUGAAACUGGAAACUGAUCCUUGUUGUUUAUUAGAUAAAGAAUCCAUUUCGAAAUCGAUACUUGAAUCGGGUCUAAUUAAACCAUUGAGUAAUAAUAAGAAUAAUAACAAUAUGGGUUCGAUUGAUUCUACCAGCCUAAGCCCUAAAAUUCCCAUUCCUAAUGAUAGCCACAUAUCUAGUAAUGAUGAUAGUGGGUGGGGGUACUGUACAGAGGAACAAUUGGAGGAAAUUUUGUUGAAGAAUUUGGAUUUUUUGUAUAAUGAAGCUAUUUCUAGGCUUGUUGCGUUGGGUUAUGAUGAGGAAAUUGCGCAUAAAGCUAUUUUGAGUAAUGGGCAUUGUUAUGGAGGCAUGGAUGUUUUGACCAAUAUAUUACAUAACUCGCUGGCUUAUUUGAAUAGUAGUUGUGGUAGUAGUAAUGAGAAUUCUUCUGAUGAAUCUGAACAACGUUGUGCUGAUUUGAGGCAGUUGGAGAAGUAUUCUCUUGCGGGUAUGGUGUCUUUGUUGCAACAGGUUAGGCCUCAUUUUAGUAAAGGAGAUGCAAUGUGGUGUUUGCUAAUGAGUGAUCUUCAUGUAGGUCGUGCGAGUACUAUGGAAAUUCCGGUUCUUACUUCGUCUUCUGGUAAUGGUGGUGGUGCUGCUACUUCUGCUGCUGCUGCUUCUGGUGCUGCUGACAAUGUUAAUAAUGGUAGCAAUUCAGCUGGUGCUGUGACACCCGCACUUUGUAGGUUCCAUAGUGGUUGGGGUUUCGGAAAUGGUGGAGGCCCUGAGUCGCCAAUUCAUGGCUUUUUUUCUCAUGGUGGGGAUGCCACUUUGCAUAGAGAAAUUGAGUGUCCAAAAAGGCUUAACCUUUCUCCUGCAAUGAAGUCGUUGUUGAAAAGGAAUGUUGCAUUGUUUGCAGCUGGAUUCCGCGCAAACUCAAAACAGUGUCAACCACAAGCCGAAGCUUGCUUGAAUACAGUGGCAAGUGGGAAUGCUUUGGUUGGAUCAGGUGCUGAAGUUUCUGCCAAGCAGUGUGAGGAGCCUCAUAAUACGAAAAACCAGGAAGCUGUUAACUCAGUAUUAAGUAAAUUCCGUGAUCUCAAACUUGAUGAGUAUUCAGAGUUAGUGGCUGAGGAUCAGAAGGAUGAGCUGAUAGUUAAUCUGCUUCAUCAGGUCAAGGAUCUUGAGAAACAAGUGAAGGAGAGGAAGGAGUGGGCUCACCAAAAGGCUAUGCAAGCUGCAAGAAAGCUAAGUAAUGAUCUCAGAGAACUUAAGCUGUUAAGAAUGGAAAGGGAGGAGACUCAGAGAUUAAAGAAAGGAAAACAAACUCUUGAGGACACAACAAUGAAGAGACUUUCAGAGAUGGAGAAUGCUCUGAGGAAAGCUAGUGGUCAAGUAGACCGAGCAAAUGCUGAUGUGAAACGUCUUGAGACUCAGAAUGCAGAAAUAAGAGCAGAGAUGGAGGCUUCCAAAUUAAGUGCUGCAGAAUCAGUUACUGCUUGUUUGGAGCUCACAAAGAAGGAGAAAAAGUGUUUGAAGAGGCUUUUGGUUUGGGAAAAACAAAAAGCCAAGCUGCAAGAGGAUAUUAACAAUGAAAAAGAAAAGGUUUUAGAUGUAGAGCAAACUUUGUCCCAGGCCAAGCAAAAUCUAAAGGAAACUGAGUUGAAGUGGAAACAGGAGGUGAAGGCUAAACAGAUCGCCUCAACAGACCUUGUAGUAGAAAGACGCUUGAAAGAAUCAGCUGAGAUUAGUAGCAAGAGAAAGCUUGAAGCUUUGCGCGUAAAGAUAGAGCUAGAUUCCCUGCGUCACAAUGAUGAUGUCCAAAGGCUCGAGGAGGAACUUGCACAUUUAAAAAUGCUAUCUCUGUAUACUGAGUCGCAUGAAUCAUCAAAUAAGUUACCUACUGGGAACUUUAAAGGGAUCAAACCCCAAGGAGAGACAAUUGGCAAGCCGCUUCGUGAACCAGAUAAUGUAGAUGAUUCUUCAAAAGAAGAAAACUCUGAUAGGAAAUGCAUAGUUUGUUUGAAUGAUGAUGUUUCGGUUGUUUUCUUGCCAUGCACUCAUCAAGUCAUGUGUGCUAGCUGCGGUGAUGAUUUUGGAUUAACAGGAAAAGCUCAUUGUCCCUGUUGUCGGGUUCCAGUUGAACAGAAAAUCCGAGUUUUUGGGGCAAGUUCAUAGCUGGAACGAACAAGUUUUGCAUACAGUCAUUUCGGAGAGAUGGCCACCUGAUUUGCUUUGCAUUGUGAUUUGGUGCAUCAGCAGAAACAAUGUAAAUAAAAAGAAAGUAUUUUUCAGGUUUUUUUUUUCUUACACAGAAUAUGUCAUGUUGGUUUUGCCAUUGGCUUGUUGAUUUGUAACAUAAGCCAAUGGUUUUUUUUUGUUCUCUGGAAAUAAGCCAAAGUUUCGUAAAACAUUUGAGCCAUAUGAUAUUGGUAUUCUUCCAAAAAAGAAAUGUUUAUGCUAUUUUUUUAAAA